CCCAAAAAAAAUCCAUUGCAAUGGCUUUCUUCAAAUCCCUGAUCUGCUUGGCUGUCCUGAGCGUUGCCUACGCCGGUGUCCUGCACGGCGGUCCCGCACUCUACGCCGCCGGCCCCGCUCUGGCCUACGCUGGCCAUGGACACCCCGAUGAGGGUCUGGACUAUCAUGCCUAUCCCAAGUACCACUACAACUAUGGCGUUGCCGAUUCCCACACCGGCGAUGUCAAGUCGCAGCAUGAGGUGCGCGAUGGCGAUGUUGUCAAGGGCUCCUACUCCCUGGUCGAGCCUGAUGGUUCUGUGCGCACCGUUGAGUACACCGCCGAUGAUCACAAUGGCUUCAAUGCUGUCGUGCACAAGAGCGCUCCCACUGUCCACCAUGCUGCGCCCGCUGUUGUUGCCCAUGCUGCUCCAUUGAUCUCCCACGCCCCGGCCAUUGCUCAUCAUGUGUCUGCCGCUCCGGCUGUGCCCUAUGGUGGCUCGCUGGCGCACCAUGCCUCCGCCGUGCCCGCCUACGGCUACGCCACCCACAACGCUCAUGCGCAUGUGGCCCACUACUAAAAGGAGCAUUCCAACUGCCACGCCCACCAUCCAACCACCCAACCACACAAUCACCAUACGCCCACUGUUUCAUAUUUAUUAACGCACGCAACGACCUGAUCAAUGCGCUUCGAUACCAUUCCCGGCCUGCUCAAUACUCAAGUCAAACACUUUGUAAAUAACCGGAAACGGAUGCGGACGGUCAGGAGAAUCCUCCUGCUCACACAUGCGCCGUCUCUGUCUCUCUCUCACACACACAUACACACACGCAUACACGCAUACACAUACCAGCUUUCGUGCAAUUCUCUAUGUAAUUUAAACAUGCAACUUCUUUUAUUGUACAUACAACAAAAACACGCCCAUCAACAAUGCCACGCCCACGAAACCACGAACAACGUCAUUGCAUAAACGAUAGAUGAUCAUGAAGUCGAAGAAAAUGAAGAAGAAGAAGAAGACGAUGCGGAUGUUGAUGAAUAGAACAACAUAAUGGAAUAUACACAUACACAAAUAUAAAUUGGGAAUAUUUAUAUUUUGUAACAUGUCUCAUAAUUUCUGCCCUAACUAUUAAGUUUUUUAAUUGAAACUGC